UCUCCCUUCAAUUGAAUAAAAAUAUCUCACAGAUUUAUAUUUCAAAACAUUGCGAAAUUAUUAUCUUAGUAAGGGCUAUUUUUAAUUUAACGAAUGCACAAAAAUUUCAAAAAUGAUAAACAAAGGAAUCGACGAUUUAACUCGGAUAUUACAGUCAAUGACUAUGCUAAUGCAAAGCCAGGACGUUUUUCCGGUCUUCGCCACAAGAAAGGCGCAACCUCUCAGCACUUGGAUAUAAAAGUGAGCAAUAUGGUUGAGGUGGGGGAAGAUGUGUCGUGGUUUGAUCGAGACUUAGAUGAGUUUGAUGUUACACUGGACUGCGGAGAAGAAGUCCAAGUAGGAGAAGAACAGGAGUCCAAUACAGGGAGAAAACGUACACCUCGUAAAUGCAUGCGUUUACAAGAGCAUGAGGAUCAGCCUGGAGUUGAUUACCCUCUUGACCUCUGGUUUCUGCUGUCUCGUUACAUCCAUCCCGAGUCCGUAUCUGUGUUCGCUGUUCUCUGUCGUGGGACCAACAUUGCUGUUAUCUCUGCUCAGUUCUGGAAACAUCUUUAUUUGAGGUAUUAUAUUGAUGAGACCAACAUUCCAGAUGAACUCAGGAUGACUUCCAUUGAAUGUAUUCACGGUUUACGUGCCCGUACCAUCAAAAUGUUGCACUUUGUGUACCCCCCUCUUGUUAUGAGGACAAAGACCUCCAUGCCCUUUGAAAAUGAGCCCCAUUGUCUUGUUGGACAGCGCUGCUUAUUAACAUGGCAUAGGAAAAUGCGUAAUGGCUGGAAGUUUUAUUUACGAUUUCGAAAAGGGGAUGAAGUGGACCUGAGUAGUAACGAGCAGAAGGCUCUAAAAUCACCAGGUUUUAUGAAAUGGCAUCAGGACUUGUUUUAUAACCCAGAUGAGGGUGCGUCAGUUCUAGAGGUUACAUGUCAAAAUUAUUCCCCGUUACCAAUGGUGAUGGGGCUGAUAUUGAAUCGAGUGUACCUGAACGUAAGCUCUGGCAGCAUGCGUUACCAUAGAUUAAAGCUUGUGAUGGACUCCAGCUAUAGAGCAACCACUGCAAAGAACCAGGGCAGCAUGCAGGAGCUUGUCCUUGACCCAGUCCUAGAAGUCAAGGUCUUUCCCUGGUGGCACCCUGCAUUCGCUGACUCACAGUCCAUGCUUAUGGAAACUGAGGCCUAAUGUGAAGAAGAAAUACUUUCGUAGCUAAAGGAGUGAUAUUUUUGUUGUUUUUCAAAGGAUAAAAAUUUACUCUUAACAUUUGUUGGAUUACAUGUAUCUUGAACUUAUUUUGUUUAAACUCAAAAUAAAACAUUGCUCAUAGAAAUGAAAAAUAUUUAAAGGUCAUUUACAUUCUCUUUCAUAUACAUAAUCAAUAAUUAGACAUAACUUAAAUUUCACUUUUAAAAUGGUGCUUUUCAUAUCAGAGUUAUGGAGUAUAUGUUGUGAAGCUUAGAUUUAUCAUGUUUGUUUCAUUCAAACAUUUACUGAGCACAUUUUUAUUGUCGAAUAAUAAUAGGACCAUGUUUUAACUUUAUUAUGUAGACAAUAUUGUUAAGGAAAACUAUUUUUCCUAUGAAUCUGUCAGUGAUAAUUUUAUAUUAUUAAUUUUAUCCUUAUAGUUUAUGAUUAUGUUGCUUAAGAACUGACUGUGUUUAGGCUUUUAGCUAAAGAGUAAUGGAAGGGUGCUGCACCAUGUCCUUUCUUUGUAUUACCAUUUUGCCCUCAUAGAGACAAGCAUGGGCACCCUUGUACCUUCACAGAGUUGAGUGGAGUUGAGUGCUUUAAGAUUAUCAAAGAUUUCUUUAGUUUUGUUUAAUACCUAUUUCAUUAUACAUGUAUAUACAUACAGAACAUGCAUAGUUGGCAGUUCAAUGAUACAUAAUAUUACUUUUAAACACAUGUUCUGUCAAAUGUAUAAUAUUUGUGUUCUUCCCAGCCCAAAACAGUGUGCCCUUUUCACCCUGUGCAAACUGUUUUAGCCCUGCAGCACCCUGCCCUGUUAAAACCUGGCUUUAACCCUAAUGUUGUAUAAGUUUGAAUAAAUAAAAAAAACUGUACUUCACA